AUAAGGUUGUUAAAUAACUAACUAACUAAUUAAUAUAUAUAAUAAUUAACUAAGUAAUUAGCUAGACAACAGAUCACCUGACCGUGUGAUAUAUAUAUUUAACUAACUAAUUCCCCUCAAUAAUCUAAUCAUUAAGUUGUUACUAAUUAAUCCAGUACCACUUACAAUUCAAUGCAAAUUCCAUCAUCGCCAACUAUCCCCACCUCAAUUCAAUAACAACCUUUAAAUAAUAUCAUCAUAUUAUCAUAUCUACCUAAUGGCCACCGCAACAUCCCUCUCGGCAUCUCCUCCUCCUUGUUCUACUACUACCACUACAACCACCACAACCACCACCACCACGACUACUAAUCCUUCAUCAACUCCAACUCCAACUCCAUUAUCUUCACCAAAAGAGUUUCAUACAAAAUCCAAUUUUAUUGGUAGAGCUAUGAAUACUUUAUUACAUAAAACAAUGUCUCGAUCACGAGAAAAUUCCAUUGGAUCAAAUUUAUCAACUAAAGAUACUCUUGAUACAACAAAUCCAUCAUCAAGUAAUGAAGAUUCAAAUACAACAUUAAAAUCUUUACCAUAUAAAUUAUCUUCACCUUCACCUUCAUCACCCGUUAAAGAAACAAAUCGAGUAUUUCUUGAAUAUGAUCCAAUAACAAGAAGAAAAGUUCUUAAUACUUUUGAAAUUUUACGAGAAAUUGGGAGAGGAGAACAUGGUAAAGUUAAAUUAGCUAAAGAUUUAAUUAAUAAUGAAUUAGUGGCAAUUAAAAUUGUAAAUAGAAAAUCUAAACGUGAUAAAGCAUCUAAUUUAAGAUCAUCAUUAAAACCUCUUAAUGAUUAUGAAUUAAAAAUAAGACGAGAAAUAGCUAUUAUGAAGAAAUGUGAUCAUAAAUAUAUUGUUAAAUUACGAGAAGUUUUAGAUGAUUUAAGUUCUUAUAAAAUUUAUUUAGUAUUGGAAUAUUUAGAAAAAGGAGAAAUUAAAUGGAAACGUCUUGAAUCAGAUAUUCAAUCAACUACUAUAGAUAAUAAUAAAUCAGAUGAAAUUCCUUGUUGUGGACCUCAUCAACCAUUAAUUAUACGUCAUCAUAAAUCUAUAAGUCAUGAAGAUGAAAAUUUAUUAUCCGAUGAAUAUAGUCCAAAUUUAACAUUUAAACAAUCAAGAAAAAUCUUUAGAAAUGUAUUAUUAGGAUUAGAAUAUUUACAUUUUCAAGGAAUAGUUCAUCGAGAUAUUAAACCAGCUAAUUUAUUAGUUAGUCUGGAUAAUAUAGUUAAAAUAAGUGAUUUUGGUGUAUCAUUUGCUUCAUCAUUAAAUGAAUCUGAUGAUGGAUAUCUUGUAAAUGAAUUAGAAUUAGCUAAAACAGCAGGAACUCCAGCAUUCUUUGCACCAGAAUUAUGUCAAACUAAUUUUUCUUCUUCUUCAUCUGAUUCUUCGGCUUUACCAAAAGUUGAUUAUAAAAUUGAUAUUUGGGCUUUAGGAGUAACUCUUUAUUGUUUAUUAUUUGGUAAAGUACCAUUUAAUGCCGAUUCAGAAUUUGAAUUAUUUCAAGUCAUUGUUAAUCAAGAUUUACAAUUUCCUCCAAAUAAAGAUUCAUUUAAAUCUCCAUCACCAGUUACAGAUCUUGAAUUUGAAUAUGCUAAAGAUUUAUUAUUACAAAUGUUAGAUAAAAAUAGUCAAAAUAGAAUUGAUAUUCGAGAUAUAAAGGCUCAUCCAUUUACUUUAAUGGAUUUAGAAGAUGAUUUUGAAGGAUUAAAUGAAUUACUUCAUUUAAAUUCCAAUUCAAAUGAAGAAAUUAAACUUAAUUUUGAUAUACUUGAUGAUCAAGAUUUAUUAACCAGUAAUGAAAUUAAUAAUGCUGUUGUAGGAGUUGGAUCAAGAAUUACAAAAAGUUUAGCACAAGCCAUUAGAGCAGGAGGUUUAAGAGAUAGUGAAAUAAGACAUAAAUUUGCUGCUUUACAAAUAGAACAUUCAAGAAGUACAUCAAGUGAUGAUUCUUAUAGUAGUAGUUCUAAUCAUAAUUCUAAUCAUAAUUCUUCAACUCGAUUAUUGGGUAAUUCAAGUACAAAUACAAAUCAUUCAUUUAUCUUAUCGGAAGGUUACGCUAUGGUUCCAACACCUCCAAUCUCAUCGGCAAGUACAAGUCUUUUCAAAUCAGAGAAUUCAACUCAUACCUUAUUGAGUUCUGCUCCUCAUAUCCCCUCGGGUCUCUCUCAGACUCUGACUCAAACAAUUCUGACAACUCAGGCAGCACAGACAGCACAGACAGCACAGAGUCAAUCUCAAUCUCAAUCUCAGACUCAGACUCAGACUCAGACUCAGUCGCUGCCUCUGACUCAACCAUCUAGAUCGAACUCCUUAUCUAUUGCAGGCAUUAGAGAUGGUCGUUCGAUCUUACAUGAGAUGAUUGAAUCUCAUAGUAAUAGUAAUCCUUCUAGUAGACGAGGUAGUGCUGUUGCUAUUGUAGAAGCUCCAAGAAUUGAAACUAAACGGAAUGUUGGAGGUGAUCUAUAUAUGAAGAAUCAAUCUGCCGUUGAUGCAUUUAAAGAUAUUCAACAACAAGAUGAUAAAAUUAGAAGAAAAUCUUCCAUGCAUUCGAAUUCUAAUUCUGCAAAGAAUUCUAUUGAUUCUCGAGCCGUAUCUAUGACUUCAAGAAGUUCAACAAGUCAUAGUAAUCAUAGUUCAAGUAUUGCUGCUCCAAUUCCUGUACCUGCUUCGACUAAAUCUUCAAUUAAUUCUAAUAAUGAAUUUAUUCCUAAUGGAGCUCCAAGAUAUUCAACAAAUCAAUUACAUGUUGGUCCAUUAAGUGUUAUGAAUGAAGAAAGAAGACCAUCAUCAGUUAUGUCAUUACCAUUAAAUGAAAGUUUUGCUUCAUUAGAUAGUGUAAAUGAUGAUUAUCUUACUUUGAAAUAUGAAGAAUAUACUAGAAGUCGUCAACAACAAGAACAGCAACAACAACAACAACAACAACAACAACAACAACAACAACAACAACAAUAUCAACACCAUCAUCAUGGAAUCUCUAGAAAGACUUCCAGACGUGAAAGUAUUGCUAGUGUUUCUGAUACUCAAUUGUUUAUGCAUUCAGCCGAAGAGAUUAAUCAAAAGUUUAAAACAUUUGAUUUAGGUACUCUGAUGAAAUCUGCUGGAGUUACUGAAUUAGGGGAUGAAGAUAAUGAUCCUAAAUCGGCAGCUCCAUUAAGAAGAUAUGAUACAACAUCUUCAUAUUCAUCAUAUACUUCUGAAUCAGGACCUUCAUCAGGUGAACAUGAACUUGAACAAGUUGAAGAAGAUGAUAGUGAUGAAGAAGGAAAUUUAACUUUAGCCUUUAGUUCUAAAGUUCAACCAUUAUCUCGUCCUAAAUUAUUUACUUUAGAUAAUCGAGCUAGAUCUCAUGAAUCAAAUUUACAUGGAUUAAUUCAUCAACCACCUACUUAUGAUGUACCAUUUAUAUUUCAAAAUCAAGGAGGUAUGCCUGAAUUUGAAGAUGUACCUGAUGGAUUAAUUUCAGGAGUAUCGGAAAGUCCUGGUACUGGUACUGGUACUAGUACUGGUACUGAAACUCCAGCUUAUUCCUUAAUGACUCCUUCUGAAUCUUUAAGUACAAGUAAUGGAUCUUCAACUACUUUAACUGGUAAUCAAAGAGUUUUAAGUCCUGAAAAUUUGGCAGGUUCAGUAUCUCCACCUCAACCUCAAGAAUCAUCUUCACCUUCACUUUCACUUUCACCUUCACCUUCUAUAAAUCCAAAAUUCUUAAUUCCACCUAAUGUUGUUGAUAGAAUCAACAAGCAAGUGAAAGUAUCAUCUCCAUUAGCAGGAACAACGACUUCUACUACUACAACAAUAUCUCCAGAAGUAGCAACUUCUACUGUUAUUACUAGAAAGAAGGCUCAUGGUUUAAGAGAAAAUAUAUUCAAUAAUCAAUUCAAUAAUCAUUACAAGAAAGAUCCCGUUUAUUCUCCAUUCCCAACUGCUAUUCAUCUCGAUAAUGAUAAGGAGCAAUUGGUUAAGGCUACCACUCAGAAACAGAAUGAAAAUAGACCCACCUUCUAUAGAUCGAAUUCGAUCACAGUGGGGUUAUUACAACAUCAAAGAACUGAUACGGGAGAAGCAGAAUAGUAUGUAAGAUUUAUAUUUAUAUUUCUAUUUCUAUUUCUAUGGUGCUAAUGGUUCGAAUUGGGACCAGUAGUUAGUAAAUAAAAUUAAAUUACCUUUACCAUAAAGUAAAGAAGUAAUCAAGUAAAGAAGUAAUCAAGUGCGAUUUGUGUAUUUUACAUACUAAUAGAUUUUAUUGAGAGGGACAGGCAGAAUAUAAGACAAAGUAUCUAAUUUUAUAUAAGCAGAAUGUCUAUUACUUUGAUAUAAAGGA